GCAUGUUAGGGCUUCGUUUUCAUCCUUUUUAUUUCCCAAUUUUAUGGUAAUUGUGCCCGGGUAUAUUUACAGGAUCGAAGUACCAAUAAUUGUGUGGUUUGCGGGUGAAUUUUCAAUUUGGGAGAGGUGUAUUUGUGAAAGCUUUGUGAAGAUUAAUUGGAAUUUCCUUGUGUUCUUUUCAAAUUCGAGUUUAGAUUUUGGCUUUUGAUUUUCAUCUGUUGAGAAGCGUUGUUCAUUUGAUCAUAGUGAAGUCUUGUAAUCAAUUAGGGUUUACUAUUUCUGAACCAUUUGUUGCAGUUGGGUGUGCAAUUCGUGAAAUGAUGGGGGUAUAAUCAAGGAUUCAGGGCCUGUCCAGAGGAGAAGGAAAUGGAAAUUGUUCUUUACGAGGUCUUCAAUUAUACGGUAACAGGGUGGUAAAGAUUUGAUUUUGGGUCCGAAGGAUGUACCGGAGUGUGGUUUCGGCCACUCCCCGCGGUGGGAGUCCUACGGAUAGUGGAGGGAUAGCUACAGACACAGGGGACUAUGUGGUACAUCUCGAUCAAGUUCCACGUUGGAGCGACACAGAGCAGAGGCCCACUUUGGGGUAUGACAAUGAGGAUCCUUCUUAUCCUAACUCCUACUUUUCGGAUCCUCUAACGUCUUCUUCUGGAGCAGAGAGUAGUUCUAGUUCCAAUGGGAUAGUCUCAAGGUUUCCUGUGCACCAUGAAAUCAACUCCAAGAUAUAUCUUUGGCGGGGGAACCCUUGGAAUAUUGAGGUAGAUGCAGUGGUUAACUCUUCCAAUGAGAGUUUGGACGAAGCACACAGCAGCCCUGGUUUGUAUGCUGCAGCUGGACCUGGUCUUGCAGAAGAAUGUGCAACACUGGGUGGAUGCCGGACUGGAAUGGCAAAAGUUACAAAUGCAUAUGAUCUUCCUGCUCGGAGGGUUAUACAUACUGUUGGUCCAAAGUAUGCAGUCAAAUAUCAUACUGCUGCGGAGAAUGCUCUGUGUCACUGCUACCGCUCAUGCCUUGAGCUUCUCAUUGAGAAUGGACUUCAGAGCAUUGCUAUGGGAUGUAUAUAUACAGAGGCUAAAAAUUAUCCUCGUGAACCUGCUGCACAUGUGGCAAUAAGAACUGUAAGACGGUUUCUAGAGAAGCAGAAAGAUAAAAUUAUGGCUGUUGUUUUCUGUACUAUCCCAUCAUCUGAUACUGAGAUAUAUAAAAGACUACUUCCACUUUACUUCCCUAGGGAUAAGCAUGAGGAGGAAGUUGCAGUGUUAAAGCUUCCUGCGGAUGUUGGGGAUGAGAAUGGUGAGACAAUAUCAGAUGAACGGAAGAUCAGAAUAAAACCUUUGCCUGUUGUAACUAGUACAGCUCCUAAACCCCCUGCGGAUAUAGCAGAUCUUCCCGUCAGUGAUGUUGGAUUGACAAUGAGACGGAAUUCAUCUUAUUUGGCAUCCCAUCUGGAUCCUGCAUUUAUGUCCCUAAUUAAAGAUCCAGAUCAGAGACGUAAGGAGCAAUGGGAGAAAGCUGCUCAAGCACGGAGCGGAUUCAAUUGUGCUAAAUUGCUUGGAUUUGGUGAUCUUGGUGGCCCUCCAUUAUCUUCUGCUGAAGAAUACUCACUCCAUUCUAGAUAUCUCGCUAAAGCAAAUUCUCUUAGUCUUUCUGAAAUUGCAGAAAUGAAGAUUGUUUAUCGUGGCGGUGUAGACAGUGAGGGGCGUCCAGUAAUGGUUGUUGUUGGUGCUCAUUUUCUGCUUCGUUGUCUUGAUCUGGAGCGGUUUGUGCUUUAUGUGGUAAAGGAGUUUGAGCCCAUAAUGCAGAAGCCUUACACUAUUGUUUACUUCCACUCUGCAGCCUCCUUAAAGCUUCAACCCGACCUGGGGUGGAUGAGGAGAUUGCAACAAAUACUUGGUCGGAAGCACCAGCAUAACUUGCAUGCAAUAUAUGUUCUUCAUCCAACAUUUGGAGUGAAGGCAGCAAUCCUUGCUCUGCAAUUGUUUGUAGAUGCUGUGGUGUGGAAGAAAGUUGUGUAUGUUGAUCGGCUUCUUCAGCUAUUCAAAUAUGUUCCUCGUGAGCAGUUGACAAUCCCUGAUUUUGUGUUUCAGCAUGAUCUUGAAGUCAAUGGAGGAAAGGGUCUUAUUGUGGACCCCAGAACAAAAUAUUUAUAUCGACCAUAGAGAUGUCAUUUACAGCCUAAGAAAAAUCAAGCGGUUUACACCUGGCAGUUCCGGAAUUUCAUUUAUUUGUUUUUCUUUUUCUCUCGUUUUGUAGUUUGAGUUUGGGGGGUUGUAUCAUUCUUUGUACCAUUAGUAGCUUUCUGUUCUGUGAUGUUCUUAAUUUAUUGUUCUUUGUAAUUUCCUAAGAUGGAAUAAAAACCGUUCCCAUUCGGUAUACUGAUGAUCCAACUCCCACGCCCCCCCUCCCUCCUUUUUAAAAAAAAAAAAAAAAAAAAAAAAAAUUUAUGAGUUUGGUUGGAGUUUGGAGAUUUGUUGUUCUCACUUCUUGAGUCCAGAAAAAAAAAUGUACAGUGGUAAAACAGGAAGUGGAUAUUUUUCUUCUCAUUUGUUCGACUUGUACUUGCUUUGCUUUUCCUGGUCACUGUGGAUGUUAGUGUUUACUAGAAUACUUUUGGUAUUCUUGUCA